AUGCAGCUGGGUUCAACUACUGUAACGCCUUCCAAAACAGUCAGAAAUUUAGGGGUAACCAUCGAUAACCAACGAAAUUUCACAGACCACAUCUCAAAGACCAUCUCAUCUAUCAGAUCAUGUAGAUUUACACUCUACAAUAUCAGUGUACCUGUUUCUCCUGUGAUCCAGCCAUUGUUCGCAUUCACCUACGGGGGCCAACAAUAUACAUAGACGAGAUUGCCACAAGGGUACAGAGAUUCGCCAUCUGUCUUAUCAGCUGUUGUGCACUGUACAUUACAGGAUGUGAAGUUGCCACCUGACAUAUGCCUGUGACAUCCUGGUUACUGCUGAAACAUCAGAGGAUUGCAGAAAAGCAUUAAUUAUUAAUUAAAGCUACAGUGGGUCAAACAAAAGGUUGAAUACCUUGGACAUGUGGUAACAAAGGGGACUGUAUGCAUGUCUGCAGAUCGAAUCAAGACAAUUUGCAACACUGAACAAUGAUGAUGCAAUCCAAUGGACUACGGAAAAGGACUUGGCAUUUAAACAUCUGAAGUAAUGCCUUGGGAAACCACCAGUGCUGGGUCUUACAGACUACAGCAAGCCUUUCCAUCUGUACCUGCAUGAGGCUGGGGGGACUUCUGCUGCAAUCUUUGCCCAGGAACACGGGUGUUCUUACUUCCCGGUGGCGUAUUUAUCUAAAACAUUGGAUUUGGUUGCAAAGGGCUUCCCUGGUUGUCUACGAGCAGUGGCUGCAACAGCGAUGAUGGUACAGGAUGCAGAACAAGUUGUGCUUUCACACCCUUUGACUGUGCACACAACUCACCAGGGUUCAUGUUUGCGGUGCAAGCGGCCCCUGUUUCCAAAAACUACAGAGCCCCUGUGUGGGGCUAGAGGACCAUGUUCCGUCCUGGUGGAGAGAGAGACUUCCAAACAUCGGCUCGAAGGAUGGGAACGUCCCUGCUCUUCCAGCUGUCUGUUCAUGAGCGAGAGUUGGACCUUGUGUUCCUUGACCACAGUUAUGCCAAGCCCUGGAAUGCCCACCCCGAUGCCAGCAGUGCACGGCCCACCCAUAUGUUGUUCGUCACACCUAGACGGCAGCCUGACCCAUCUGUUGAUUCAGACAUUUCCAUUGACGUGGAGACGGUCACACCUACAGCAUUGCCUCUCUAUGACAAUCAAAAAGCACGUAGUGUGAUGAACGAGUGUGAACGUCACGUUCUGUUCGCCCGAACAGUCGCUGACGGACCACCUCCUCCGGAUGAUUGGGAGGAACACAUUAACAAGGCUGGCUGGUCAUUGGCACAGAACAAGCUCUUUAAUAAAGUACUGAAGGCCCUUCAAGCAGAAAGACUAGGCAGACUGGCCAAUGAGGGUGCCUGUAAUGAGCCUGUCUUGCGCAGGAUAGCUGUAGAUAAAUGUGCUCGUAAGGUCCGCCACGCUCUGGCCAGUGUCAGCUGGGACUUAAAGCUUACUCAGUGGCUCCAUAGUACACUGGUUGAGUCUUUGAGUCUUGCCAUGCUGGCUGCUUAUCUUGAUGUGCUGCAGACACUCAAAAGCAAGGUACCUUCGCUGAUCGACAGGAUGUUGCUGUCAUCUUCAGUGAAAACAGGAGCAGCAGGGGCCGAGGCUCUUUCUCUGCUCCUCAAACGCCCAUGGGACCCUGCUGUCGGCGUACUCUCACACAACAAACCAAGUAAACUUCCUGGUUCCCCUCUGAUCCUGUUAGCUCCUUCAGGACCAACCAACCCCACCUUCUCUACCUCUCGACGAAUGAGAUUCUGGCAGUCUCAGCUCUCAUGUCUUGGGAAGGUUAUUCCCAUCAACGUUCACGUGGGUAGUGGAGCUAACAUCGGCAUCACACAGUGUUUAGAGCAUAUGAUUGGCAAAAUUAGAGGAAAAGUCAUCGAGGUUCACAGUCACUUUCCUCACAAACCGAUCAUUUUGGUGGGCUGGAAUGUGGGGGCACUGAUGGCUUGCCAUGUGUCCCUUAUGGAAUACAUGACGGCAGUUGUGUGUUUGGGUUUCCCGCUUCAAACAGUCAAUGGGCCACGAGGGGAUGUUGAUGAUCCGCUGUUGGACAUGAAGACUCCAGUGCUGUUUGUGGUCGGUCAGAACGCACUGCAGUGCAGCCCAGAGAACAUGGAGGAGUUCAGGGAAAAAAUACGAGCCGACAAUAGCAUGGUAGUUGUCGGAGGGGCGGAUGACAACCUGAGAAUCAACUCCACUAAGAUGAAGACAGAGGGCCUGACCCAGACCAUGGUGGAUCGCUGCAUUCAAGACGAGAUUGUGGAUUUUCUGACCGGAGUUUUGACCCACACUGAGAGUCAUGGACAUGGCUCAGGUGAAACACGAGAUCUGGAUGCAGAAAAGAAGAAGAAACAACGUCGUGAGCUGCCCUUUGACCUUGAACGAUCACGACCCUCUUCACCUGCUGUGAGGGAUAUGUUCAGUGUUUGCAGUAGUCCUACUGCCAGUCCCAAACCCAAGACCAUUGGUCUGUCUCCAGCUCAGAAAUCCAGCCUCAUUACUGCCACACAGCUCCUGAAGACCCACAUGCAUCGCUCAGGAGCUGUGCUCACACACAAACAAGCCCAAGCUCAGUUUGCUGCUUUUAUGAAACAUAAUAUGCUGGUGAGGAAAAGCAUUCCUCCUGGCAGCCCUUCCUGUCUUUUUGUGCCAGUGCCCAGUGAGCAGAUGGGGGGUUUGGACCAAGACGACCCGAGGCUCCACCUAAAGAGGAGACAGACUCCAAGUCCCACUCCCACCACCUCAAAACGAGCCAAGAUCAAAGUCACCAUCGUCUCUCAUGGAGACACAGCAGGGGGCACAGCUGGCUCCACGACUCAGGAAGGAAAGCCCCUUGGAGUGACUGUGGGCCAGACGGUAUCGGGAGCCAAAGAACUGUCUGAGCUGCUCAAUGCACAAAGGUCAGGUGGUCUGGGAGAGGUAUCUGGAGCUCUGGGUUCAAGUGAUGGGUUGUUUCAUAGCCUACAGGGCAGAGUGAUGUCGGGUUCUUCCUCUCCUGUCCAGACUCAGGCCACUGCAACUGCUCAAGCUCCCUCUGCCAGUAGCCUGCUGCAGGGCCUCAGCCUCAGUCUGCAAGAGAUCAACACUAAAUCACCAGGCGUGCCCUCCACCACACAGGUGUCAGGAGGGAAGCCACAGUGUCAGGGACAGGUCUUGAGCUCUCUCAGCCCAGGCAGUGGCACUCUAGUUCGUGCAGUACCAGUCGUGUCAACCAACUCUGGGAUGACCAAAACCACAGCAAUUCAUCAUCUUCUCACCAACGGCGGCCUGGCCAAACUAGCCAAUAGUCUGCCAGGACUGGCCCACAUAUCUAGUCAGAGCACGGCAGGGCUGAAAGCCCCUACUACUAUCACGGUGACGUUGCGAGGUCAGCCCAGCAGAAUAGCCGCUCUCAGCCACUCUGGGGCGACAGCGCCCUCUUACAGCGCACCUGAGAACCAGUGACCAGAAGCUCCUUGAAAUGUUUGAUAUGUGAAGCUGCAAUGGCCAUCAACAUGAGAAUCCAAAGGCUCAGACAGAUGCACUGAGGGAAAUGCUUUUCUCCAAGGAUCCUAUAGACAUAAACCCAGUUUAAAGACUCACCUGCUGAUAAAUGCCUUACAACCUGCAAGAACAGCAUCUACUCUAGACUGUUGAAGACUUGACCUUACACCUUGACCUUGUGUUAUUUUCAUAAUUCUUUGGCAUUUCAUUUUGUACAUUAUUUUCUUUGUUGUUUCUCCUUUUUAUGUAUUUAUUUCCAUACUGGCUUUCAUCAUUCAAAAUGUUUAUGUGAACACACUGUUUUUGCAAAAUUCAUAGAUAUUAAAGGAUCUUUUUGUUUUUUGCUGGUGGUCUAGAUCAAAUAAGAUACUUUGCUCGUUCAGUUACAGUGGCAAGAAAAAGUAUGUGAACCCUUUGGAAUUAGCUGGUUUUCUGCAUUACUUGCUCAUAAAAUGUGAUCUCAACUUCAAAGUCACAAGUAUAGACAAACACAAUAUGCUUAAGCUUACAACACACAAUUAUAAUCUUUCAUGUCUUUAUUGAACACAUCCCAUUAAACAUUCACAGUGCUGUGGAAAAAGUAAGUGAACCCUUGGAUUUAAUAACGGGAUAUCUUGAUAAACUUAGGAAUUCAUUUUUCCCUCGAAUAUGGCAAGUGGUAAAGGCCCCAAAGAAGACCCAAAUCAUGAUGCUCCCUCCACCGUACCUCACUGUUGGGACGAUGUUUUCAUGUUGGUAUGCGGUGCCCUUUUUACAUCAUACGUAGUGCUGGUUUAAACAAUUAAACCUUAGUUUCAUUAGUCCACAAAAUAUUUAACCAGUAGUGCUGUGUAGUGUCAAGGUGGUCUUUUGAAACUUCAGGCACGUAGCAAUGUUUUUGUUGGAAAGCAGCAGCUUCCUUCGUGUUGUCCUGCCAUGAACACAAUGCCCGUUUAAUGUUUUCUGUAUAAUAGACUCAUCAACAAAGAUGUUAACCAGUUCUAAUGAUUCUUUUCAAGCUGUCAUUCUAGGGUUCUUUUUUACCUAACUGAGCAUUCUGUGGUGUGUCCUUUGAGUCAUCUUGGCUGGACGGCCACUUCUAGGGAGAGCAGCCACAGUACUAAAUCAUCUAAAUUUAUAGACAGUUUGUCUAACUGUGUGCAGAUGAAUAUCUAAGCUCUUUGUGAUAACUUUGAAACCCUUUUCAGCUUUAUGCAAAACAACAAUUCUUGAUCGUAGGUCUUCUUAAAUAUUAAGUGAGGCAUGGUCCACAUCAACAGAUGCUUCUCAUGAAUAGCAAACUCAAAUUUAUUUUGUGCUUUGGCUUAUUACAAGUAGCUCUUACCCACACCUCAAAUCUCGUUUCAUUAAUUGGAUGCCAGGUUUGCCAACUCCUGACUCAAAUUAGCUUUUUUUUUUUUUUUUUCUAGGGAUUCACUUUUUCCACAGCACUGUUGAUGCUUAAUGGGAUGUAAUCUGCCUGGUCUCAUGAAAUUUAUGUGAGCAUUGCAAAGUUUUUGAAAAACUGAAAUUACAUGCUGCAUAACACGUUUGGCUGCUCUUUUUAAGUGAAAUGUCCAGCAGGGGUUGUCAAAACCGAGCAAAAUGUGGUUGUAAUCAGAUGAGGUUUUUAAGGUGACUUUUAGAUGGAGGUUUUAGUAAACGUACCUCAUUAACCUAAAACUUUACCCUGAACUUAACCAAUAGUAUCCGAAUAUAGAAAUGAGAGUUUAACAAAACAGACAUCCUUACCCUUAACCAAGACCUAACCUUAACCGAUGCAGAAAUGCUGAAGCGAAAUGAAAAGCACGUUUUCUGAAGCAACCACGUCAAUUUGUGUCGCGCGUCUGUCGUGUCACGUGCCAAUUUGAGUUCUUGUCUGGUUUUGAACUACAGUCCUCCGAGUCCAAAGUCCAACACUCUAUGAGGUGCACUUCUGUGCAAGCUAAUCAUAUUGGAAUAAGUGUAUAUAUGUAGGUGGGUCUGUAAUACAAGCGUUAAAAUAUAUAAUUUUUCAAAAAUGCGUAGCGUAAAAGUGUCUUGAUAUCAUAACAUAGCAGGAUCUGAAUAACAGAGACAAAAAUAAGUGUUUAUAAAGUCAUAAUCAGCCACUGAAGUCAUGAUUUGAGUAAAAGCGAAGAAAACACAGUUGUUGUAGUGCCUCUAGUGUUCAUUUCACCUGGAAACUGCAGGGAAUUGUACCUGGAGACACAAAUAACAAGUUUUGCAAAAACAUAGAGUUACGUUUUCACUAUGAGACCAGGUUGGAUGUGUUCAAUAAAGAUGUGAAAGAUUAUAAUUGUUUGUGUGUUAUCUAUACUUGUGACUUUAAUGAAGAUGAGAUCACAUUUUAUGAGCAAUUCAUGCAGAAAACCAGCUAAUUCCAAAGGUUUUACAUAAUUAUUCUUGCCAUUGUAUACCCCAGAUAGGCCACGUACAUUUCCAAAAUGUCUGUUUUAGAUCUUUUCAUCUGGAAGGCAUCAAAUUCUAAUUAACAUCUGAUAAACAUCUUAAAAAGAUCAGAUUUACAAAUCUGACAUACUCUCUCACAUUCUAAAUCAUAAACAUCUCAAAGACAUCUGCUGAAUGUUUUUUUUUUUUUUGUUUGUUUGUUUGUUUUGUUUUUUUACAUUCGCAAGGAAAUGCUGUGUACUGCAGGCGAGCAAACAACCUAAAAUAUAUAUAUUCUAGAUGUAAACACACACAUCAAAUAGACGUCUGGGUGAUGUACGUGUGCUUUCAGGGAUCUGAUUUAAUUGAUUUGGGAAAAAAGAGAAAAAGAGUGUCAUUAAAAUGUUUACUGCACAGGACAGUAUUUCUUUACAGCUGCAAAGCGCCUGAGAGAAAUGGAUCAUUAAACUGCUGAAAUGAUGGUAAUAAAUGUAAGUCAUUAAAAAUCGACAAACUGGCUUUUUAAAAAUUAUGUGCAGAAAGGGGUGGUAUAAUAUGUGUUUAUAGGCUCUUUCUAAACCCUCAUGGACACACUGUAGCAAAAUUGAAAAACAUGUUGAAAGCAAUUAUUUUUCUCACUCUGGGUAUGGGUUAAAACAGCAGCUCACUGUCUGACAUUGUAUCAGAGCAACAAGUUUGACAGGAACAUAUUUACAAUUUUACAUCCAAGCAUGCCAAAGUCACACAACAUGUUCACUUCCUUCUGACAUCAUUGCUGACUGUUCUGGAUCAAAUUAAGUAUUUAUUUUCAAAAUUACCAAAUUAUAGAAAAAUAGCAACAUUCCAAAAAUAUAAACUUUUGACAAUUGUACACCAUGUCACAAAAACACAACAGUAGGCCUUAGUUUAAUGAAACUGUAUAUUUACAAUGGAAGUUAAUGGGGUACAUUUUUGGAGAGUUUAAGGGCAGAAAUGUGAAGCUUAUAAUUUUAUAAAAUCACUUCCUUUAAUUCUUCUGUUAGCCCUUAAACAGGCAACAUGCACCACAAAAUACAUACUCCUUAGUUUCUUAUAGGGGGUAUGAGAAAGAGUUUCUCACCCAAUUGUGUUAUCAUUGAUCAUAUUUGGGUCUGUUUUGAGUAUGUGGGUCACAUGACUUGGUUAAAAUU